GACUACGUAUGUACAUAGUAUUAUGCACGACCUUCCACUGCCACAAACCAUCUCUGCUCAAUCUACUGUCGCACCAUCUUCUUCUUCAAUUGAUACAUAAUCUUCUUCUCAUUGCUGACUCCCAUUCCACUGCGCCGCACGAAUCAUCGCAUCUAGUCGCAUCGCUAUCCAGAUUGCCGUGUUUACAGCUCCGUUCAGUCGGCGACAAUCGCCAUGGACCGUCCAGGGUCGCCUGGUCGCGACUAUUCAGGUCCUCCACCAUCAUAUGGCGCAGACGAAGAUGACUCUGGCGACUUGGGUGGCAGAGGCGCGUCGAUGCGUCUGCUGACCUCCGUGGAGGAAAACGGAUACAGACCACAAUCCCCGUCCCGCUCCUACCAACCAUCAGUCUCCUCAAUUCAUUCUCGCGCCCAGUCAAUAAUUGGGGACGCUCCAGAUAUGCGACCUCCAGACGAGGACGUCCCUGCCUACGAACCGUUCCGACCCGUCUCCCCCGUGCGAUCAUCUGGUCGCGCAUCCCCAACACGUCCUUGGACACCCUCUACGAGAUCCGAGUGGCGCAGACCUCCUGCUUCUACCGUACAAUACGAGCCCGUUGAUCUCGAUGGGAGUCCAAGACCUGGUACGCCUUCGUCAAGAUACGGCGGAAGUCCGAAGCGACCGUUGCCGCCGGCUCCGCUGUUUGCGGGUGGCAGACCAGUAUCGCGCGACUCGGAAACAACACACACCGAGGAGACUUCCAUACCCAUAGACACUGAUGACGUCUUUGCCCCCAACCCAGAAGUUAAUCGACCAGACCUGCGACCGCGCGAUUCAUACACCUCCGACGACACGUACACAGACGAGUAUCUAGGGGAUGAGAAAGAUGGAGAAUACGAUCAACUUCCAGAUGGCGCGCAAGAGCGAAGAGGCGCAAGACAGGCCCAGAUGACGAGAAAGGAAGUCCGUCUGAUCAACGGAGAGCUCAUUCUGGAGUGCAAAAUCCCCACCAUAUUGUACAGCUUCCUUCCGAGACGAGACGAUAUAGAGUUCACCCACAUGCGAUAUACAGCUGUGACUUGCGACCCGGACGACUUUGUCGACCACGGAUACAAGCUGAGGCAGAAUAUUGGUCGCACCGAGCGAGAAACCGAGUUGCUGAUUUGUAUUACCAUGUACAACGAAAACGAGAUCGACUUUACGCGCACCAUGCACGGUGUCAUGCGCAACAUUAGCCAUUUCUGCUCCAGAACAAAGUCAAGGACGUGGGGAAAGGAUGGAUGGCAGAAGAUUGUCGUAUGCAUCAUUUCUGAUGGUCGACAAAAAGUCCAUCCCAGAACCCUAGAUGCCCUUGCAGCGCUUGGAUGUUACCAGGACGGUAUUGCAAAGAAUCUGGUCAACCAGCGAGAAGUAAAGGCACACGUGUACGAAUAUACCACCCAAGUCUCGCUCGACUCAGACCUCAAGUUCAAAGGGGCUGAGAAAGGGAUCGUCCCUUGCCAGUUGAUCUUCUGCCUCAAGGAAAAGAAUCAAAAGAAGCUAAACUCGCAUCGAUGGUUUUUCAACGCCAUUGGCCGAGCGCUCAACCCAAAUGUUUGCAUUCUUCUUGAUGUGGGAACGAAACCUGGUCCGAAGGCGUUGUACCAUCUCUGGAAAGCCUUCGACAUGGAUUCAAGUGUUGCAGGCGCUGCUGGAGAAAUCAAAGCAGGUAAGGGCAAGGGCUGGCUAGGCCUUCUGAACCCGCUUGUGGCGUCCCAAAACUUUGAAUACAAGAUGUCAAACAUUCUCGACAAGCCUCUGGAGUCUGUUUUUGGCUACAUCACCGUGCUCCCAGGUGCUCUGAGCGCCUACCGAUAUCACGCAUUGCAGAAUGACUCGACAGGACAUGGCCCUUUGAGCCAAUACUUCAAGGGCGAGACCCUCCACGGUCAAGAUGCAGACGUCUUCACUGCGAACAUGUACCUUGCAGAAGAUCGUAUUCUCUGCUGGGAACUUGUCGCCAAACGCGAUGAGCGGUGGGUCCUCAAGUACGUCAAGAGUGCUACUGGAGAGACUGAUGUGCCGGAUGCCGUACCUGAAUUCAUUUCACAGCGGCGUCGUUGGCUCAACGGUGCUUUCUUCGCUGCCGUGUACUCCCUACUCCACUUCCGACAGAUCUGGGCGACCGACCAUACCAUCUUCCGCAAGAUCCUGCUACACGUCGAAUUUCUCUACCAGUUCAUCUCCCUCUUCUUUACCUACUUCUCCCUCGCCAAUUUCUACCUCACCUUCUACUUCAUCGCUGGCUCUCUCUCCGAUCCAAAGAUAGAUCCUUUCGGGCAUGGCAUCGGGAAGAUCAUCUUCAUCAUUCUCCGCUACGCCUGUGUGCUUCUCAUCUGUCUUCAGUUUAUUCUCUCAAUGGGAAAUCGUCCACAGGGUGCCAAGAAGAUGUUUAUGAGCAGUAUGAUUGUCUACUCCAUCAUCAUGAUCUACACGACUUUUGCCACUCUCUGGAUCGUCGUGCGCCAACUACGAGAUCCGGCCUCGGAGCUGAAGCUUGGAAACAACAUGUUUACGAACCUGAUCAUCUCCACCGCGUCAACUGUCGGCAUCUACUUCUUGAUGUCCUUUCUCUAUCUUGACCCGUGGCACAUGUUCACUUCGGCAGCACAAUACUUUGCGCUUCUCCCAUCUUACAUCUGCACGUUACAAGUCUACGCAUUUUGUAACACUCACGACGUCACCUGGGGUACCAAGGGCGAUAACGUUAUUCACACCGACCUAGGCGCAGCCAAGGGGAAAUCCGGCAAUGUCGUUGAGCUCGAAAUGCCAUCCGAGCAACUUGAUAUUGACUCCGGCUACGAUGCUGCGCUCCGCAAUCUCCGUGACAGACUCGAGGUUGCAAAGCCAGGGACUAGCGAGGCGCAGGCGCAAGAGGAUUACUACAGAGCUGUGCGUACUUACAUGGUGGCCAUCUGGCUCGUAUGCAACGCCACGCUCGCUAUGGCAAUCUCGGAGGCCUAUGGACUAGAUGAGGUCGGGGAAAACUUCUACUUGAAGUUCAUCUUGUGGACAGUUGCCGUGGUUGCAUUCUUCCGUGCCUUGGGCAGCACCACUUUCCUCAUCAUCGACGUCAUACACACCAUCGCCGAGAGUAAGCUAAAGUGGCGUGGAGACGACAGUAGCUCAGCAGGUGGGAGCAGCGUGACGAAGAAGACCUGGAAAGGAAGCAAGAGAAGUUGGACCCCGAGCUUCAGCUGGAUGAGCUCUAGUGGAAGCUGGGUAUCCAGCAGAUGGCAGAGUGUCAAGGGCAGUGUUACGGGAUAAAGAAGGCGUUGUUGUUUUUUCUUCAUAGACACUGACGUGUGUCACUGUCUGUAUUGUGCGGCGAAAAGGUCCUACGGGCAUGGAGUUUCAUGAUGAAAUGUACAUGCGGUUCGUGAAGACGGUGUUCAUAGGCUGAAAAUUGUUUCAAGGGCGGGGGGCAUGCCAGGAUCAGCGUUAUAGUCUACACUGUCCCAAUGAAACGAGGCAUACCGAAGUUGUCAAGAUUUCUGUGUUGAUGAGUGCCCCUGUUGAACGAGCAUCUUAUCAGAGGUGGAAAAGGCCAGCCGAGGUCGGCUAUGAGGACCCGACCCGGGAAUACUCCGG